CCUACUUGAAGCAUCCGGGAACCUCGCCAUAGUAGACAUGGCGGGUAUCAGCCUAACUAAAUGAUGAAAUAAAUUUUGUUUGCUAAUUUAAGAACGUGUUAAUUUCAUAGAUCAAGUGUUGAUAUUAAAAGACUAAUUUAGUUUUAUUGGAUUAGGACAAAAAUGCAGAAUGUCGGACAGUCUGAAAAUCGAAAUAUCGAUAAGGUGAAUGUGCAACUUGAUGUGGUAAAAUCGUCCACUCCUCAGAGUUCGGCUUCAAGUCCAGCCAAAUCUGAAACCGAAACAUAUUCAGAAGCGCCUGCCAAAUACAUGACGGACUCUUCAGAAAGCGAGGAUGACUCCGUAUCCGAGAUCUUGCUGGCUUGUUUGUGCCUUAGCAGGCCAGACCUGUUGGCGGAGAUGGACGAGGAAGGUGGUGGUGCGGAAACAUCAAAGUUCCUUCUUUCCCAUGAUGAACCCGAACCAACUGUUGACGCUGAGAUGCAAGCGAGGCUUGAAACACUAUUAGAAGUAGCUGGCAUAAGCAAGCUAUCGGGCGAGGGCAAGCACCUAGCGGACCCUGAGGUGCUGCGGCGGCUCACGUCGUCCGUGUCGUGCGCGCUCGACGAGGCGGCCGCGGCGCUGACGAGGAUGCGCAGCGACCAGCCGCCCGCGCACCACAGGCACCACCAUCAAGAGAAACCUAUGCAAUGCGGGUCGACCGCGACGGGGACGACGCAAACGGCGCCGUCCUCCGUCGGGGCGGACGGCGCGCCGUCGCUCGCGGAGGCUUGUUCCGACGGCGACGUGGGCACCGUGCGCAAGCUGCUCACUGAGGGCCGCUCGGUGCACGAGACGACGGAGGAGGGCGAGUCCUUGCUGUCCCUCGCCUGCUCCGCGGGCUACUACGAGCUGGCGCAAGUGCUGCUGGCGAUGCACGCGAGCGUUGAGGAUCGGGGCAUCAAGGGCGACUGCACACCCCUAAUGGAGGCGGCGAGCGCGGGCCACGUGGACAUUGUCCGGCUGCUGAUCGCGCACGGCGCGGACGUGAACGCGGUGUCGGGCUCCGGCAACACGCCGCUCAUGUACGCGUGCGCCGGCGGACACGAGGAGUGCGUGCGCGCGCUGCUCGAGAACGGCGCCAAUGUGGAGGACCAUAAUGAGAACGGGCACACGCCGCUCAUGGAGGCCGCAUCCGCCGGCCACGUGGGCGUAGCUAAGAUCCUGCUCGAGCACGGCGCCGGCAUCAACACGCACUCGAACGAGUUCAAGGAGUCUGCGCUCACGCUCGCCUGCUACAAGGGCCACCUGGACAUGGUGCGCUUCUUGCUGGCGGCGGGCGCUGACCGGGAACAUAAGACGGACGAAAUGCAUACAGCGCUCAUGGAGGCCAGCAUGGAUGGACAUGUAGAAGUGGCCAGGCUGCUGCUCGACUCGGGCGCGCAGGUCAACAUGCCGACGGACAGCUUCGAAUCACCCCUUACGCUGGCAGCUUGCGGCGGCCACGUGGAGCUGGCGAUGCUGCUGCUAGAGCGAGGCGCUAACAUCGAGGAGGUGAACGACGAGGGGUACACGCCGCUCAUGGAGGCCGCCAGAGAGGGUCACGAGGAGAUGGUAGCGCUGCUGCUCGGCCAGGGCGCGGCGAUAAACGCGCAGACGGACGAGACGCAAGAGACGGCGCUGACGCUCGCGUGCUGCGGCGGCUUCCUCGAGGUGGCCGACUUCCUCAUCAAGGCGGGGGCUGACGCGGAGCUGGGCGCCUCCACGCCGCUCAUGGAGGCCAGCCAGGAGGGGCACUUGGAGCUCGUUCGGUACCUGCUGAACGCGGGCGCGGACGUGCACGCGCAGACGCAGACGGGCGACACGGCGCUGACGUACGCGUGCGAGAACGGGCACACGGACGUGGCGGACGUGCUGCUGCGCGCCGGCGCCGCGCUCGAGCACGAGAGCGAGGGCGGCCGCACGCCGCUCAUGAAGGCGUGCCGCGCGGGCCACCUGUGCACCGUGCAGUUCCUCGUCGGCAAGGGCGCUGACGUGAACCGUAUGACGGUGAACGGCGACCACACGCCGCUGUCGCUGGCGUGCGCGGGCGGGCACGCGGACGUGGUCAAGUUCCUGCUCGCGUGCGACGCGGACCCGUUCCGCAAGCUCAAGGACAACUCGAGCACGCUCAUCGAGGCGGCCAAGGGCGGCCACACGGCCGUCGUGCAGCUGCUGCUCGACUACCCCCACUCGGUCAUGCUGCCCAGAGGCGGUGUCGGCGCGGAGGACAGCAACGGCUUGAGUUCUGCGCAGGCGGCCGCGCUGGGGCUGAGCCACGCGCCCGCGCCGGGCUUCAACCAGCGCGCGCUGCUGCCGGCGCACCACCAUGCGCACUCGCCCUUCGCCCCCGCGCCCGCGCCGGCACCUGCCCAUCAGCAAGUGCCCGCGCCUGCCCACCAGCAAGUGCCGGCGCCUGCCCACCAGCAAGUGCCCGUGCCUGCCCAUCAGCAAGUGCCCGUGCCUGCCCACCAGCAAGUGCCCGUGCCUGCCCACCAGCAAGUGCCGGCGCCUGCGCACCAACCAGUACCGGCGCAAGCUCCCGCACCUGCACCUACCCCAGCACCCGCGCCUACGCCUGCGCCCGCGCCGGCCGACCUACCGCCUAACUUCGCCAAGGUCUACAUGGAUGGGAGGAAAAAACAAACACCAGCGGGGAACAACGGGACGGUAGCGAGUUGUGGCACGAAUGCGAACCCAGUGACAAGCGCGGCGGGCACCGUCCCGCCCGGCCUCGCUCAGCCGAUGGGCGGCAACGCUCUCAUGGGUGCGGGCACACCGCCCGUGGCCAUGGGCGCACCCGCCGGCAUGGCCGCGCCCGCAGGCGUGACCGCACCGGCGGGCAUGACCCCACCAGCCGCCAUGACCGCACCCGCGGGCAUGACCGCGCCCGCCAACAUGACCGCGCCGGCGGGCAAGCACAAAUGCGCGCGCAAGCAACGCCCCGCGCCCCCGCACUCGGACCACCACCUGCCGCCGCCGCCCGAUAUCAUCGACGAUCAGCUAAGCCACAAGAGCAUGGCUAAGGUAUCCCUACCGCCCGGCUUUACGUGGAAGGACGUACCCAAGAAAUGUAAAAAUAAAUUUGAUAAGAAAUUCAAUAGAGCCGAGGUCCUCGCGGGCCAAACACGCAACGAAUCACUGCCAGAGACUGAUAGGAGCAUGCUCGAAAUAGCUGAUGCCUCAGGUCCCCCGACGCUCGCCACGUCGGCCCUUCACGCGCUCGACCAACAAUAUCGUGCUCAAGGUGUGAAGAUACAUCCGCCGAAAACCCCGCCGUACCCCCCUCCGACGCAUAUGUUCCCUAUGCAACAAUUAGCGACCAACUUAAAUCAGCAGCAAUUACAAGAACUCCAAAAGCAGCAAUUGCAACAGUUGACUACUCAACUGCAGCAAACGCAGAAGAAACCGCAGCAGCAGCAACAACAGCAACAACAGCAGCAGCAGCAACAACAGCAGCAGCAGCAACAGCAACAACAACAGCAGCAGCAGCAGCAACAACAGCAGCAGCAACAGUUGCAACAACAGCAAUAUGUACAAGACAUGCAACAGAGGCCCGAAGUCUACGCGCCUCAGGCGGGUGAGGCUUGUGACGCGGGCGGGGCGGGCGGCGGGCGCGUGGCGGAGGCGCGCGAGAUCGGCGCCGUGCUCGCCUACCUGCAGCGGGAGGUGCCCUCGCUCAUAGCACUGCCGCCCGAGGAGCUGCGCACGCUCGUGCUGCAGGUGAUGCAGCAGAAGUCGCACGAAAUCCUGCUGGGCAAGUGCGGCGAGGGCGGGGAGGGGGACGCGGCGAGCGGGGAGGAGGGGGACGAGAGACGUGCGCGUUUCCUGCUAGCCGCCGCUGAGGAGGCCCUAGCUGCUGAUUGGCCGAGGGAUGCGGAUGAACAGCAGAACGUGCAAGCGGUGAGCGGUGCGGGCGUUGCCGAUACGCUCCGGUUGGCCGACGGCAGCGGAGAAGCGCGCGAAGCGGACACGCCUCUAGAACAUCACCACCACUUUGCGCUACCCCCACCCGCUAUGACGUACGACGACUAUAGAAGCUCAUCGUUCGGUGGUGCGGGCGCGGCAGGCGGUGCAGUAGCGGCGGGCGGUGCUGGCGGUGCGGGCACGGUCAGCGCGGCGGGCGGCGCGGCGCUCGACCCCGAGAUCGCGGCCGGCAUGAUCACGGGCAUGGUGACGGGCAUCAAGGCGCUCAGCAUGAACGCCAUGAUGGGGGCGGCGCCUGCGCCCGCGCCGCCGCCCGCCUCCUACACGCCGCCGCUGCCGCACCCCGGCAAGCGCGACCACCACCACCAGGCCACCAACACGCCCGCGCUCAAGAAGAAGAGCCGGUUCGUGGGUCGCGGCGGGCGCGCGGAGGCGUACGGCGCGGCGCCGCCCACGCCCGCGCCGGCCGCGUACUCGGCGAUGGACGUGGACGCGGAGACCGACUCCAACCACGACACGGCGCUCACGCUGGCCUGCGCCGGCGGCCACGAGGAGCUCGUCGAGCUGCUGCUGUCGCGCGGCGCCGACAUCGAGCACCGCGACAAGAAGGGCUUCACCCCACUCAUCCUAGCCGCGACCGCGGGCCACGAAAAAAUCGUCGAGAUACUCCUAAACCACGGCGCGGACAUCGAAGCCCAAUCGGAACGUACGAAGGACACGCCCUUAUCCCUCGCGUGUAGCGGCGGCCGCUAUGAAGUAGUCGAGUUGAUACUUAGCCGCGGCGCUAACAAGGAGCAUAGGAAUGUGUCGGAUUACACGCCGCUGUCGCUAGCUGCGUCUGGCGGAUAUGUGAAUAUCAUCAGACUGCUGUUGCAUCAUCAGGCUGAAAUAAACUCGCGCACGGGCUCGAAGCUGGGCAUCUCGCCGCUGAUGCUGGCGGCGAUGAACGGGCACACGGCGGCCGUGCGGCUGCUGCUCGACUGCGGCUCCGACAUCAACGCGCAGAUCGAGACCAACCGCAACACGGCGCUCACGCUCGCUUGCUUCCAAGGUCGACACGAAGUGGUCAGCCUGUUACUAGACCGCAAGGCGAACGUGGAACACCGCGCGAAGACUGGUCUCACACCGCUCAUGGAGGCGGCUAGCGGCGGCUACGUGGAGGUGGGCCGCGUGCUGCUGGACAAGGGCGCGGACGUGAACGCGCCGCCCGUGCCCUCGUCGCGCGACACGGCGCUCACCAUCGCCGCGGACAAGGGGCACACCAAGUUCGUGGAGCUGCUGCUGCAGAGGCGAGCAGCAGUAGAAGUGAAAAACAAGAAAGGCAACUCCCCAUUAUGGCUCGCCGCUAACGGCGGCCAUCUUGCCGUCGUCGAGAUGCUUUACGCAGCGGGCGCCGACAUCGACUCACAGGACAAUAGAAAGGUAUCUUGCCUGAUGGCAGCCUUCCGCAAGGGUCACACGAAAGUGGUCAAGUGGAUGGUUGGUGUCGUCACGCAGUUCCCUUCAGACCAGGAGAUGACUAGGUACAUCUGCACGAUAUCGGACAAGGAGCUGCUGGAGAAGUGCCAGGAGUGCGUGCGCGCGAUCCGCGCGGCGAAGGAGACGCAGGCGGCGCGCGCCAACCAGAACGCGACCAUCCUGCUGGAGGAGCUCGACGCGGAGCGCUGCCGCGAGGAGAGCCGCCGCCAGGCCGCCGCGAGGCGCCGCGAGCGCAAGAAGAAGAAGAAGCUCGAGAAGAAGGAGGAGAGGCGCAAGCUGCAAGCGGAGAACGUGAAGAACACGCUGUACUGCGAGAAGGCGUCGGGCGAGUGCUCGGAGGGCGGCGAGCCGGACGACGAGCCCGCCGCCAAGGAGGAGGGCGACUCGGGCAUCGAUGCCAACUCGCAGGGUUCAUGUUCAUCAUCGGAUGUGAAAGCUCCACCCGCUUCAAGCAAAAGUAAGAAAAAGAAAAAAGAAGAAAAGGCGCCUACUCCUGCACCGUCGAAAAAACAACCCGACAAGACUAAAGCGAAAAUAGAGACUAAAGAGAAGGAGACUACGAGUAAAACGGAAAAGAAACAAGAGAAAGAGAACGUAGCGCCGAGCUCCCCUCCCGCCACAUCGCCUAAACACACGGAGAGACGGAGUGAGAAAAAAGAGAAAAAACAAGAGGAAGAUGCUAAAAGCAUCGCCGUACAGAAUGUUAACAAAUAUGGGAACAGCUCUAGAAAGAGCCAAGUGUUCGAAUCGACUAGGCUUAACGUGGACAGAGACGACGUUGACACGCUCGAGAAAAAUAAAAAAAUACACAGCCACCAAUGGGAGACGGAAGGCAAAAGCACGUCGCCCAAGAGCGCCAGUACAACAGCGAGCGUGGCGCGACGGGAGGAGGGCUGGAAGGAGGUCGUGAGGAAGUCCUCUGUGCAACCGCCCUCCGCUCUUGAGCCUGGUUGCAAGAAAGUGUGCGUAGCGUCGCACGCGAUCUCGCGCGUGAUCGGUCGCGCCGGCUCGAACAUCAACGCGAUCCGCGCGGCCACCGGCGCGCACAUCGAGGUCGACAAGCAGACCAAGGGGCAGGGCGAGAGGAUCAUCACCAUCAAGGGCUCAACGGAGGCCACGAAGCAGGCGGCGAGCCUCAUAGCGGCCAUGAUCCGCGACCCGGAGGCGGACAUCGCGCAGCUGCUGCCGCGCGCCAAGCUGCCCGCGCCGCCGCCGCAGCCGCCGCAGCCCAAGCCGGCCAAGCAGCCGCCGCCCAAGCAAACGGGCCACACAACAAGCGUAUCCACGAGCCAGCGCACGCCGGGAGCGAGCACUAGUGUAGCGGCGGUGGCGAGCCGCACGCCGGCCAAGCCGCACGCCGCAGCACGGCCACCCGCUAGACAGCAUACUCACCCGCUCCCCAGUACACCAGCCGAGAAGCGUACUCCCAGCGCACCGGGCGCGAUCAACACGGCCCCAGCGAGCAGCGCCAGCGCGGCCAGUGCCAAGCCGGCCGCGCUUUCCUACACCGGCGCUAUCGUGGGCGCCAGGAGCCAUACCUUCGCAGCUAAGCUGACUGCCACACCGCCUGUGGACACCAAGCCGAGGCCGGCUACACAGGUGUGCGCAAGCCCAUCGAGCUCUACGACGAACACCUCAGUACUGUCAUCCCCACUCCGGUCGCGCGAGUCUCCCCCCGCGCCAACACCACCUGCGCCCGCGCAGCCAACACACGCGCAGGCUGCGCAUGUACCACCCCCGCAGCAACAGGCACCCCCACAGCGCAUGGAGGAGGAACGCGUGCCGAGAAUGCACGACCACCUGCAGCUAAGCCCAGACAACUCAAGCACAUGGAGCAAUGAAGACAACCCAGUGAAUACAUCUACUUCAGCUCUGCAUAUUAAUACAACACCACAAUCGUCUGGCAGCGCGAGCGGCAGCGCCAGCGCAGCUGGUGCCGGAACUGGCGGUACUGCUAGCGGUGGGGGUGCGGGCACGCAGGAGUACUCGCUGUUCAAGGACCUGUCGGCCGGCGCCGGCGCCGCCGUGUGGGCCAGCGAGCACAACGUCGACCCGCCGCCGCCGCAGGUGGACGCGAGCAAAGCGCCGGGGUACCGCGGCGGGGGCGGCUGCUCGCCGUGCUCGCGCACGUCGUCGCACGGCUCCACGCCGCCGCCCGCGCCGCUGCUGCACCACCAGCACCAGCAGUACCACCAGCAGCAGAACGCUAACAUGGGCAACAACAUGAACACAAUGGAUAUGAGUGGACUAUCCCGGAACGGACCUAUUUAUCAAGAUAACUCACGAAAUGGACACAACAUCAUGGUAUCGAUGUCGAGCGGCGUGGGCGUGUCGGGCGUGGGGCUGGGCUACGUGGGCGGAGUGGGCGUGGGCGUGGAGGGCGUGUCGCGGCUCAACCCGCGCGCGCCUGACUUCGCACAGCGCCACCCGCUGCUGCAGCACCAGCACAAGCACUCGGCGCAGCAGCAGCUGUUCGCGGGCGGCAGUGCGGGCGGCAACCUGAGCUCGCUGCUCAUGUCGUACCAGCAGAGCGCGCCGCACCAGCAGCACGCGCCGCACACGCCGCACCAGCAGCACGCGCCACACCAGCAGCACCAGCAGCCGCACCACCCCUACCAGUCGCUCCUGGAGCGCGGCGUGGGCGUGGGUGUAGGCGUGGGCGUGGGCGGCGUGUCGUGGGGCGAGGAGGAGGAGCGCAAGCCGCGGCCCAUCGGCACCGAGCGCGCGUGGAAGCUCACCGCCGGCGACGACUGGCACCACGCGCACCACCGCACCGACCACGACAGAUACCAGCAACAAGGCGUCAGCGGCAUGAGUGGCGUCGGCGUAAACGUGAGCAGCGGCGUCGGCGUCGGCGUCGGCGAGGCGUACGGCGGCGGCGGCGCGGCGACCGCGGCCGCGCUGUCGCUCAUGCACGCGCUGCCGCUGCACUACCUGCCGCCCGAGCGCGCGCACUGGGACCAGCCGCCGCACAACACCGACAAGCAGCAAACGUGGAGCAAGUGGAGCCACUAGAGGCGGCGUCGACCUGGACACGGUGUAGAUAUUAGCAGAAAGAUUAUUAUAUACAGAUUAUAUGUACGGAGGCGGCUGCGGUACAUUUAGACAAAUUAUUACUAUAGUUGUUACUCGGCGAUCAUGCGGUGUAGAUAGCGUGACCUAGGUAGCCUGGAAUGUGAUUCCGACGCCGUUUUCAGUUGCCUUCAGCCCGCGCCAUCUUACUAUAUUUUACUAUAUUAUGGCAUAAUAACAUUCGGACGAACGAUUGCGCAGACUAUGACGGAUUAUUAAACGUGUAUUAAUAAAUUUGCUUGUACAUGAAGAUUAAAUAUCAUAUAUUGAUGCACUGUAUCCACUGCUGUUUUUAAUGAAUGCCACCUGAGUUUUUUUUUUCAUUAUUUUCUAUUUAGGUUUAUUUGGGUAAAUGUAUAUUAUAAGUAAAUUAUUAUACUGACGACGACCGUGUCUCGAAUAUGGUUAUACGGCAGGAUUGCGGUAAGUCGUGGGCGAAUAGACCUGUGUGAAGUGACGCGAGUGACGCGAGAUGGCGCCAGCGUACAUCCCUAAAGUAGCCAAUCACAAUUAACUAUUAUUAGCUAUAAAUAUAUUUUAACCAAUCGUCGUUUAGGGAUGCACGAUCGGCGAUCGUGUGUUGCGCAGUAUCCUUAUAUAAUUUAAUGUUCACUGCCUUGUUGAGUACGUGACGUAUAUCGCCUCAUGUUGCCUUGUCCAUAGUUACGCAAACUUAACAUUUUCUAUAGUUAUAAAUAAUAAAAGUUAUUAAGAAC